AUGGGCACAUUCCACGACUACAUCCCCGAGCGCCUGAUCGAAUGGGCAGCAACUCAGAAGUGCUUCUGGGUCGCGACAGCGCCUUUAGACGGUGAAGGACACGUCAACGUCUCACCGAAAGGCGUAGAAGGGACCUUCCACAUCGUGGACAAGAACAGGGUGUGGUAUGAGGACUUGACAGGCAGCGGCGCGGAGACGAUCUCACAUCUGCGCGAGAACGGGCGCAUCACGAUCCUAUUUCAGGCCUUUGAGGGAGGGCCACGUAUACUGCGUCUGUUCGGCAGAGGGACUGUGCAUGAGUUCGGGACGCCGGAGUACGACGAGCUGUUACCGCCCGGCAAGCGCCAGCCGGGUUCGCGGGCAGCGAUCGUCAUCGACGUACACAAAGUUGGCACGUCCUGCGGCUUUGCGGUCCCAUUCUAUCAAUACGUCGGCCCCAGGGAUACUCUGACGAACUUUGCAGUCAAGACCGAGAAGGACGAGGGUGUAGGGCUGAAGAAGUUGUGGAAAGAGUGGAACACGCAGAGUAUCGAUGGGCUGCCUGCUUUGAAGACGGCCCUUGAGACGGAUAAGGUUCCUAGGGCUUGUAUCACCGAGGUGAAGAGUGGCCUUCCGACCCAUGUGGCGACGAAGAGGAAAGCUGCGGCCUCGGCGCAGAAGGCGGCUUUGCCGACGAGCUUGGUCGCGGUGCUGGCUUUUGUUGCUGGAUUGCUCGUUGCUAUUCUGUCGGUCAGACUUUCGGCGGUCGCGCGAGAGAUGCUGGUCUGA